AUGGAAGUGCACCGGGACUCCUCGGGUUCAGAAGAAGAGGCUACCGAGUUUUCAAGCAACGAUUAUGAGGUUUAUGAGCCACAAGCCGACGAUGAGAAUCUUGAGGUUUCUGAGGAAGCAUACAAUGUUAUGGAAUACAUUUCCCUUGACUGGCCGGCACAAAGCAUUGACAUCUUGAGGGGAUUUACAGUUGUGCUUGGAACAAACCCGUCUGAGGGAGGUACACCUGGAAUGGUGAGCAUUGAUCUGUUCCCAACCAAUGGAAUGAAAGCUCCGGAGAAGAUGAGGAUUUCCAAAAGAAAAGUAAAGGAAUCAUAUAACAAAGUCCGGGUGAACGGAGAGAUGGUGUACUGCCUAUCGGAUGACAAGCUUGUAGUCCACAACUCGAAAUUCGACGAAGUCUAUAGAAGAGAUAUUGGGCAAGGGCUUGGAUACGGGCUCUGUUUUGGGAAUUCCGGAUGUGUUUUUGGAACGAAGGAGGGGGAGAUAUCCAUUAACGAUUGGAAAUUCAAUGAGGUUGGGACGAUGAAGAUCCAUGAGGGUUCUAUUGAGAGUCUUUGCUACCAUGGGGGCAUGGUUUUUUCUGGAUCAUGCGACCAUAGUGUCAAAAUCACAGACAUUCGGAGUGGGAGCAAUAUCUUCCAGAAGAAGUUUGAGGUUGAUAUCAAUGCCGUGGACUUUAACGGGGACUAUCUCCUUGCUUUUGGGGACGACAGUGGGAUGAUCCGACUGAUGGAUAUCAGGAACCAUAUGAUUGAAGAGGUUCAAAGGCAUAAGACACCUAUCAGCUGCCUGAAGUGGAGAGAUUCCGAUAUUCUUGUCUCAGGAAGUGAUGAACAAGUAUGCAUAUGGGAUGUGUCUCUUGAUGCAAGCGAGGAGGGAGGAUAUCUUCUAUUUGUUCAUCAAGGACAGAGGUUUUACAAGGACAUUACGUUUUGCCGAGGGGAUAACAAUUACGUUGUUACAACAUCGAUAGACGGGCUUUGUGUCUUCUAUCCGAUUUCUUUUGAUACUUAA